UGGAGAUUGUGUAUUCCUAUUUACAUGGAAUGGAAGCCUUGUCUAAUCUGAGAGAGCAUCAGCUAAGACUGAUGUGUGAAACUGUUAGAUAUGAAAGGCAUGAAGCAAAUGAAGUUCUGUACUACCCUGAUGAUAUUGGUACCUGUUGGUAUAUCCUGCUGUCUGGUUCAGUCUUCAUUAAAGAAUCUAUGUUUCUUCCAAGGAGCAGUUUUGGCAAGCGUUCGGCAGGAAGCUUCAGGCGUGGCUGUGAAUGCAUUGUUUUAGAGCCAUCGGAAAUGAUUGUGGUUGAUUAUAUGGAUGAAAAUGAGGAGUAUUUUCAGCGUCAAGCUUCUCAUAGGCAAUCUCGAAGAAGAUUUAGGAAAAUCAACCAAAAAGGGGAAAGACAAACAAUUAUUGAUACUGUUGACCCUUAUCCUGUGGGGAAGCCACCUCUACCUAGAGGCUACCAUACGCUUCCUGCAGAUUUCACAAAGCUGCACCUUACUGACAGUCUCCACCCACAGGUGACCCACGUUUCAUCUAGUCACUCAGGAUGUAGCAUCACUAGUGAUUCAGGAAGCAGCAGCCUUUCUGAUAUCUACCAGGCUACAGAAAGUGAGGCUGGUGAUAUGGAUCUCAGUGGGUUGCCAGAGACAGCAGUGGAUUCUGAGGAUGAUGAUGAUGAAGAAGACAUUGAAAGGGCAUCGGAUCCUUUGAUGAGUAGGGAUAUUGUUAGAGACUGCUUGGAGAAAGACCCAAUAGACAGGACAGAUGAUGACAUUGAACAACUGCUGGAAUUCAUGCAUCAAUUGCCUGCUUUUGCCAACAUGACAAUGUCAGUGAGGAGAGAGCUCUGUGCUGUGAUGGUGUUCGCAGUUGUGGAGAGAGCAGGAACCAUUGUACUAAACGAUGGGGAAGAGCUGGAUUCCUGGUCAGUCAUUUUGAACGGCUCUGUGGAGGUGACGUACCCUGAUGGAAGAACAGAGAUACUCUGCAUGGGGAACAGUUUUGGUGUUUCCCCUACCAUGGAAAAGGAAUAUAUGAAAGGAGUGAUGAGAACCAAAGUGGAUGACUGCCAGUUUGUUUGUAUAGCCCAGCAAGAUUAUUGCCGCAUCCUCAAUCAAGUGGAAAAGAACAUGCAGAAGGUAGAAGAGGAAGGGGAGAUUGUGAUGGUGAAGGAGCACAGGGAGCUUGAUCGCACUGGAACAAGGAAAGGUCACAUUGUCAUCAAGGGAACAGCUGAAAGGUUAACAAUGCAUUUGGUGGAAGAGCACUCUGUGGUAGACCCAACUUUUAUAGAAGACUUCCUGUUGACGUAUCGGACCUUUCUUUCCAGCCCAAUGGAAGUGGGCAAGAAGUUGUUGGAGUGGUUCAAUGACCCCAGCCUCAGGGAUAAGGUUACACGGGUAGUAUUGUUGUGGGUGAACAAUCACUUCAAUGAUUUUGAAGGAGAUCCUGCUAUGACUCGAUUUCUGGAAGAAUUUGAGAACAAUUUGGAGAGGGAGAAAAUGGGUGGACAUUUGAGGCUGUUAAAUAUUGCUUGUGCUGCUAAAGCUAAAAGAAGAUUGAUAACCUUAACAAAGCCAUCUCGAGAAGCCCCUUUGCCUUUUAUCUUGCUGGGAGGGUCAGAAAAGGGAUUUGGAAUCUUUGUUGACAGCGUAGAUUUUGGUAGCAAAGCUACAGAAGCAGGCUUGAAACGUGGAGACCAGAUACUGGAAGUGAAUGGUCAAAACUUUGAAAACAUUCAGCUGUCAAAAGCCAUGGAAAUCCUUAGAAAUAACACUCAUCUGUCUAUCACUGUGAAAACCAAUUUAUUUGUUUUUAAAGAACUCUUAACACGGUUAUCAGAGGAAAAAAGAAACGGUGCUCCCCACCUGCCUAAAAUUGGUGAUAUUAAAAAGGCGAGUCGUUAUUCCAUCCCAGACCUUGCUGUUGAUGUGGAGCAGGUAAUAGGCUUAGAAAAAGUAAAUAAGAAAAGUAAAGCCAACACAGUUGGGGGAAGAAACAAAUUAAAGAAGAUACUUGACAAGACUCGAAUCAGUAUUCUGCCUCAGAAACCAUACAAUGACAUUGGAAUUGGCCAGUCUCAGGAUGACAGCAUUGUGGGACUGAGGCAAACGAAGCACAUUCCUCCUGCUUUACCUGUCAGUGGAACCCUGUCAUCCAGUAAUCCCGAUCUACUGCAGUCUCAUCACCGCAUCUUAGACUUCAAUACUACUCCAGACUUACCAGAUCAAGUUCUGAGGGUUUUCAAGGCAGAUCAGCAAAGUCGCUACAUCAUGAUCAGUAAGGACACAACAGCAAAAGAAGUGGUCAUCCAGGCUAUCAGGGAAUUUGCUCUCACUGCAACCCCUGAUGCAUAUUCACUAUGCGAAGUCUCUGUCACACCUGAGGGUGUCAUCAAGCAAAGGAGGCUUCCUGAUCAGUUAUCCAAGCUAGCUGACAGGAUACAGCUGAGCGGCAGGUAUUACCUGAAGAACAACAUGGAAACAGAAACACUUUGUUCAGAUGAAGAUGCUCAAGAGUUAUUAAGGGAAAGUCAAAUUUCCUUACUACAGCUCAGUACUGUUGAGGUGGCUACCCAACUUUCCAUGAGAAACUUUGACCUAUUCCGUAACAUUGAGCCCACGGAAUACAUAGAUGACUUGUUUAAACUCAAAUCAAAAACAGGUUGCACUAAUCUAAAAAAGUUUGAAGAGGUGAUAAAUCAAGAAACAUUCUGGGUGGCUUCUGAGAUUCUGAGAGAAACCAAUCAACUGAAAAGGAUGAAGAUCAUUAAGCAUUUCAUUAAGAUAGCACUGCACUGCAGAGAAUGCAAGAACUUCAACUCAAUGUUUGCCAUCAUUAGUGGCCUGAAUUUGGCACCAGUUGCAAGGCUCCGAACUACUUGGGAAAAGCUUCCAAGCAAGUACGAAAAACUGUUUCAAGAUCUACAGGACUUAUUUGAUCCAUCUAGGAAUAUGGCAAAAUAUCGUAACGUCCUUAACAGCCAAAACCUACAGCCCCCCAUUAUCCCCCUGUUUCCUGUUAUCAAAAAAGACCUUACGUUCCUUCACGAAGGAAAUGAUUCCAAAGUGGAGGGCUUGGUCAAUUUUGAGAAGCUGAGAAUGAUUGCAAAGGAGAUACGCCAUGUUGGUCGCAUGGCUUCUGUCAACAUGGAUCCUGCUUUAAUGUUUAGAACGAGGUCCCUCAGCCAGGGCAGUACGAAUGCAGCCGUGCUGGACGUUGCGCAAACAGGGGGGCAUAAAAAGCGGGUCCGUCGCAGCUCCUUCCUUAACGCUAAAAAACUGUAUGAAGAUGCUCAGAUGGCACGGAAAGUUAAGCAGUAUCUCUCAAACUUGGAUCUGGAAAUGGAUGAAGAGAGCCUCCAGACACUGUCUCUGCAGUGUGAGCCAGCCACCAACACACUGCCGAAGAGUACAGGAGACAAGCGAUCUGGAAAAUCUGAAACGUCACCAGUGGCUCCCCGGGCAGGCAUCCAGCAGAAAGUGCAGCAGCAGCAGCAACAUAAAGUAAACCAAGCAUUGCAGGUCCCUGCCGUAUCUCUUUAUCCCUCUCGCAAGAAAGUGCCAGUCAAAGACCUCCCUCCAUUUGGCAUUAACUCCCCACAAGCUUUAAAGAAAAUUCUUUCAUUAUCUGAAGAAGGAAGUUUGGAUCGUCACAAGAAACAAUCUGAAGACACAGUCUCAAGUGCAUCUUCACAGCUGUCCUCUCCUCCCACUUCACCGCAGAGCUCUCCAAGGAAAGGCUAUACUUUGGCUCCUAGCGGCACGGUGGAUAACUUUUCAGAUUCUGGUCACAGCGAAAUUUCUUCCAGAUCUAGUAUUGUCAGCAAUUCCUCUUUUGACUCUAUGCCAGUCUCCCUGCAUGAUGAGAGGAGACAGAGGCAUUCUGUCAGCAUCGUGGAGACAAACCUUGGUGUGGGAAGGAUUGAUAGAAGAAUCAUGAUUGAACCAGAUCAAUACAGCUUAGGCUCAUAUGCACCACUGUCGGAGACCAGAGGCCUGUAUGCUGGAGCGACUGUGCUUUCUUCUCCUAGUACAGAAGAACUGUCACAGGAUCAGGGGGACAGAGCUUCGCUCGAUGCAGCUGACAGUGGCCGUGGUAGCUGGACUUCUUGUUCAAGUGGUUCUCAUGACAACAUACAAACAAUACAGCACCAGAGAAGCUGGGAGACUCUGCCUUUUGGACAUGCUCAUUUCGAUAGUUCAGGCGAUGGGGCAGGACUGUGGGCCUCGGGCAGUCAUAUGGACCAGCUGAUGUUCCCCGAUCAUGGCACAAAGUAUGGCAGGCAAAGUCAAGGUAGGGAGGGCCUUGACCAAGCACAGUCCAGAGCAAGCUGGGCAUCCUCAACAGGCUACUGGGGAGAGGACUCAGAAGGUGAUACAGGUACCAUAAAGCGGAGGGGUGGGAAGGAUGUUUCGAUUGAAGCUGAAACCAGUAGCAUAACAGCUGUACCAGCAGAGGAGUCAAAGCCAGCUCCUGUGCCCACUCAUAUAGCAGUGUCAUCAAGUAGUACAAAGGGGCUUAUUGCACGAAAAGAGGGUCGAUAUCGGGAACCACCUCCAACUCCUCCUGGUUAUGUAGGAAUACCUAUUGCUGAGUUUGCAGAAGGUGGUUCCCAUCCAACCAGAAAGCCUCCAGAUUACAACAUAGCACUUCAGAGGUCUAGAAUGGUGGCACGGACAUGUGAGACCCAUGGGACAUCAACUCCGCAGCAGCAGUCGCAUGGCCAUUCCACUAGCAGGCCUGCGAACAAACCUCAGUGGCAUAAACCAAAUGAGUCAGAUCCACGUCUUGCUCACUAUCCCCCUCAAGGGUUUUCCACAGAGGAAGAUGAAGAUGAACAAGUCUCUGCUGUCUAAGAGUUGGGGCUUUUCUGGAUCCAGAGUGAGCCACCUUAAAGGAGAGCACAAGAAGACGUCC